CCUUUUCUCUGAUUUAAUUCAAGCAAGUAUCGUAAUGGUGAAUUGUACAGCAUAAUUGAAUAAUUUGCAGCCGUGGUGAGUCUAGGUAGCGUAAGGGAUCUUGUCGGAACGUUGUCUUUUCUUGCUGCUGAGGAUGGUUGCUGCAAAAAUGGAGGGUAUACUACAGAAACUACAGACGAAAAAUAAUAUGCCAACCUUCACUAACUGUAUGGCACCCAAGCAACUCUUUGAGAAAGGGUCGUAUCCUAGGCUACUGCAACAGCUCGGCUGUUGUACUUUACUCACAGGGACUCUACAUUUCUUUCUUCGCCCGAUAGAACAACCUAGAUUCAUUGGGGCACUUUUUGUAAGGCCGGUAUUUUGCAAAGCCCGUCAAUGCUGGGUAGAUUGGAAACAUUUGAAACUAUGGCUCAUGAAACAGAAGGACUCAUGGGCGUUACUAGAUUCUUUGCGGUAAUGUUCUUUGCGUUCCUUGUCGGGACGAAAAUAGAUAUGUCUAUGCUUCUGAGCACAAGAAGAAAAACAAUUUUCAUAGGCUGUUUCACUUUCAUCGUUCCUAUGAUUGUCAACGUAAGUGUGUCUUUGCUGAUGAAGAGGUUCAUGGACAUGGACCGAAGAUUGCAUCAGUCCCUCCCUACAAUUGCAAUGGUACUUUCUCUAACGGCCUUCUAUGAUACGUCUUGUGUCCUCGAAGACUUGAACCUGCUCAACUCAGAGAUUGGCCGUCAAUCUCUAUCCAUUUCAUUUUUCAAUGGACUUUGCAGUUGGGCAGUCGUGUUUACCAUCUUCUUAAUAAAAGAAAUCCGUACUCUGGAUUCACAUACGGUGAUAUUUUCUUUGAUGAGUAAAGCUCUUUUCUUUUGCUUCAUCCUCUUUCUUGUCCGUCCAUUAUAUUUUUGGAUGAUUAGAAACACUCCGGAAGGAGACAAUUUGAAGGAGGGUUAUGUUAUCUUGAUCUUCAUUCUUGUCUUGGUAUCUGCAUUUUACACGGAGUUCAUUGGGCAAAAGGCCUUUUAUGGAGCAGUUCUAAUGGGAUUGGCGGUACCUGUUGGGCCACCUAUAGCCUCUGCUAUUGUAGAAAAGCUCGAAUUAUUCGUUACUCUUGUGCUAUUGCCAGCUUUCUUCAUAGUAUCUUGUUAUCCGAUAGAUGUAUUCAACAUCCACUUGAAGAAUUUCGCAAUUAUAGAGUUUCUAGUUUUCAUUUGUUUUUUUAUGAAGCUCAUUGCAGUAUUGCUGCCUUGUCUCUACUGCGAGAUGCCUUUUCAGGACGCUCUCUCGAUCAGUCUCAUCUUUAACUGUGACGGCAUAUUUUCUCUCUUGAUUUUAUCUCGUUUACUCUUUCUGAAGUGGAUUGAUAAGGAAUCUUACACUAUCAUCAUCCUCACAAGAGCUUGGAUACAAAUGGCAGCCGCACCGUUUGUGAAACGAUUAUAUAAUCCUUCGAGGAGGUAUGCAGGUUACAAGAGGCAAACCAUCCAAAAUGUUGUGAGCUCGAGAGAGCUCCGUAUACUAGCUUGUGUUUUCGACAAAGACAGCGUUCCGGGCAUACUCAAUUUCCUUGAAGCCAUUAAUCCAGCACAGAAUUACACUGUGUGUAUCUAUGUUCUGCACCUCGUUGAGCUACUUGGACGUGCAGCUUCUAUCCUGGUCACUCAUAAGCAUCACAAGAAGAGACACUCUGGUAGAGCUAAGAAUGCGUCUGAAACAAUUAUUAGGGCCUUCCAGUACUUUGAACAACAUAAUCAAGGUUUCCUCGUAGGACAAGCUUUCACAACAAUCUCAAAAUUCUCAGGCAUGUAUAAUGACGUAUGCAACCUAAUAAUGGACAAGAGAACAGCUCUGGUAAUCAUACCCUUUCAUGAGUCAGUUGAGCAUCCCAUUCGGUUAGUCAUCCAGAACGUAUGCCAGAGAGCACCUUGUUCAGUUGGUAUCCUCUUUGACCACAUAAAUGGCUCAAGAUCUAUUAUGGAUGUUUGCAUAAGAUAUGAAAAUGUUGCCAUGAUUUUCAUCGGAGGGCCAGAUGACCGAGAGGCACUAACAUUAAGUAUGAAAAUGGCGGAGAAUCCUACCGUAAACCUCACAGUUUUUAGAUUCACAUUUUCGGGUUCAAGUGGAUUCCAUAAGAAUACAAAGAAAGACGAUGAUGUUAUACGUGAUUUGUGGUUCAAACUCAUGGACGCAGAAAAUAUUGUGUAUAAAGAAGAAGAGGUUACAGAUGGUGCAGAUACAGCUUGUAAGUUCAAAGCAAUUGAAAACACUUGUGAUUUCAUAAUGGUGGGAAGAAGACACCAUAAUAGUUCGCCGAUCUUAUCAGGACUUGAUGAAUGGAGUGUGUAUAAAGAGCUUGGCGUCAUUGGAGACCUUCUUGCAACCUCUAAUUCGUUGGGGAAAUUUUCGGUUUUAGUGGUGCAACAAUAGGCCUUAUUUGCUUUUCCUUUCACCCAUCAAAACCUACAAGAUUUUGUUUCUCUUUUUCUUUUUAUUCUUAGUUUUAGUCUUUUAGAUACUUUUGUAGAAACAUGUAAAAAGGUAUGUAGUUAUUUUAGUUACCCAUUUCCAAUGAAUAAAUUAUGUAGUUUGGAGGA